AUGGACGCUACAUACACCAUGGCACCAACGGUGCAAGGACAACCAUCAUUUGCAUACUACCCCACUGCUGAUUCACAAAGACAACAAUACACAAGCCACCCGGCUGAGCCCCAGCCAUACUAUGGACAGAUUCAGGCCUUCCCUCAGCAACACUGCCUCCCAGAGCAACAACCGGUCUACAAUGCUCAACCCAUGAUGAACAUGCAUCAGAUGGCUACCACCAAUGCCUUCCGCGGAGCAAUGAACAUGACUCCCAUCGCCUCUCCCCAACCAUCUCACCUGAAGCCCACAAUCGUCGUCCAGCAGGGUUCCCCAGCCCUCAUGCCUUUGGACACAAGGUUCGUCGGUGACUACUAUAGCUUCCCUUCUACCCCUCCACUCUCCACCGCGGGAAGUUCUAUCAGCAGCCCGCCAUCCAGCAGUGGCACCUUGCACACCCCAAUCAACGACUGCUUCUUCUCAUUCGAAAAGGUGGAGGGUGUAAAGGAGGGUUGUGAAAGUGACGUCCAUGCCGAGCUUUUGGCCAGUGCCGACUGGACUCGGUCAGCAACUUCGCCUCCCAUGACUCCUGUCUUCAUCAACGCCAAUUCUCUCACCGCCAGUCAGAGCUCAGACUUCCUCUCUGCCCACGGGUCUUGCCCCUCUCUUUCUCCUUCGCCUUCUCCUGUAUCUUCCUUGUUUACUCCGUCUCAGUCGGCUUUCCCUGUUGAGCAGGCCACCUCCGACUUCUGUGACCCUCGGCAGCUGACUGUCGAGUCUUCCGUCAACACAUCCUCUCCCGCUGAGCUUCCUCCUUUGCCCACUCUCUCCUGCGAUGAGGAGGAACCGAAGGUGGUCCUGGGAAGCGAGGCUGUGACUUUGCCAGUUCAUGAGAACCCAUCACCCGCUUACACUAGCUCUACCGAGGACCCCCUCAGUUCGUUGCCCACUUUUGACAGCUUCUCCGACCUUGAUUCGGAGGACGAGUUUGUCAACCGCUUGGUUGACUUCCAUCCCAGCGGUAAUACUUACUACGUGGGCGAAAAGAGACAGCGCCUCAGCGCAUACUCCUUCGAUGACGAGGAGUUCUUGAGCGAGCACAGCUUGGAAGAUUCUUCAGACGACCUGGAGUUGGCCCACUCUGGCCUUUCUUUCCUGGGAUGCGCCGAUUUCGCUCCGGCUCAAAGUGAUGCCAGCGAGACCUCUGACGAGAUGAAGACAAAGAAGCGAAGCAACUCCCGCAAGUCUCUCAAGAGAGCAAACUCUGAGGACCAGGAUGCUCUCAAGAAGGCACAGGCACCGAUCAACAGCCGGGCCAACAGCACAGAGGCCAACGUGGCUCAGCAGGCAGCUGCUCCGUCCUGCUCAGCCUCGGAAGCCAAUGUAUCUAGCUCCUGCGAGGCCCCAUCUGUUCCUGUGUCGGUCAACCGCCGGGGUCGUAAGCAAUCCCUGACGGAUGAUCCUUCCAAGACCUUUGUCUGCUCUCUCUGCUCUCGUCGUUUCCGUCGUCAGGAGCACCUUAAGCGUCACUACCGCUCUCUGCACACCCAGGACAAGCCCUUCGAGUGCAACGAGUGUGGUAAGAAGUUUUCUCGGAGUGACAACCUUGCGCAGCAUGCCAGGACCCAUGCCGGUGGCUCUAUCGUGAUGGGUGUCCUGGACACGAACAACGCAUCUGAACGGUAUGAUAAUCGCGACGCGAGUACCAUGGGUGCUGUGCUCUAUGAAGCUGCCCACGCUGCGGCGACCAAGUCGACGACUAGCGAAUCAUCCGAAGAUGGUGUUUCUGACGCACCCUCUAUCGAUCGUCGGUCCGCCAAGAAGCGCAAGCGUGACGAGCACGUUUAG